AGUUAGUGAUAUUCACAUUGUGAUACAAGGAAUUAAAAGUUAGCGAUACUCACAUUGCGAUUGACCAUUAUAAUCUAAGAAACUACUUCUUGUUAUACUUUCAAUCCUCUUUAGCAGUAAAUGCUACACAUACAAUGGUUGUAUGUGUAUCAGCUCUCCUCUUUAGCUUCCUAAUAAAUCUCCACUUAAUCACAAACCACCUAAAAGUUGAUAAAACUUUAAAAACACAGUUUUGAAUUUCUGGUCUUAAAAAAACAAUGAAAAACGUGUUAAUGUCAAACUCCCCAAAAAAAAAAAAAAAAAAAAAAAAAAAAUCAGAAACUUUCUCUCUCUUCCGACAGUGGGAUCUCCCACUCGUGACUCGUCAAUCGUCAUUUGACUCAAUUCUUCCUUCUUCUCUCCUCAAUUUCUUCUUCACUGUAAAAAAAAUACAGCUGAAAAUUGAGCUGGUUUUGCUGCUGUAAUUACAUCUUACUCAGUUCUUUGAAUCUUUGUACAUUCGUAAAAAAUUCCCAGAAAGGAAAGCUAUUGGCACACUCAAUGAAUCUGAGAUUAAGAAGCUGUAAUAGGAUGUGUUUGUAAAGCAUUUUGGAUCUUGACCCAUUUCGAGGGGCUUUUUUGUUUUUGAUUCUAUGGGUUGUGCUACUUGAUACAAUUUCCUCAUUUUGUGAGAUAAUGGUGUAUUAUUAGGAUAGUUUGAGUAGGGAGUUGUAAAUGAAGGACAAUCAUAACGACGAGGAUUUGCUGGGAAAUGUGAUUAGGCCAUCGGCAUUGAGGACCUUAAAGCCUACAUUGUCUGGCCGAUCGACCCCUAGGUCUUCUCCCACGUUUCGGAGGCUUCCUUCUACUCGAACACCUAGGCGAGAUGGUAGAUCUGGUGGGGGUAGGUUUCAGUGGUUUAAGAAUAGUCGGGUGGUGUACUGGUUACUUUUGAUUACUCUGUGGACUUAUGGUGGAUUCUACAUCCAGUCUAGGUGGGCUCAUGGGGAUAAUGAAGGUACUCAAGUUGGGUUUGGGAGUAAUUCCAGAAAUGAGUAUGUUAACUCAGGGCAGAAUCAGCAUCGUGAAUUGAAAUCAGAUGAUGGUAUUUUUAAUGUGAAGAAUCGGUCUAGUCGUAGUCUUGUAGGAAAUGGGAUCAGAUUAAAUAGUAGCAUAGAUUUAUCUUUGACUGAAGAAGCAGAUGUUAUUUUACCUCCUAGAAUCCGACCUCCCCGGACUGUUCCUUCUAAAAAGAGGAGUAAGAAAGGAAGGCGUGGCUCACAAAGUAAAACACGUGGUAGACGAAAAUUUGGGGAAGAACAUAGAACAAGAGAUGCGGAGGAUGUGCUGGAAGAGCAGAUUCCAAUGAGUAAUUCUACCUAUCGGUUGCUGGUUGGUCCGUUUGCCUCUACCGAGGAUAGAAUUCUGGAAUGGAGUCCUGAGAAACGAACAGGAACAUGUGAUAGGAAUGAACUCUUUGCACGUCUAGUCUGGUCUAGAAACUUUGUCUUGAUAUUUCAUGAACUGUCAAUGACUGGAGCUCCCCUUUCCAUGCUGGAGCUAGCAACAGAGCUCCUAAGUUGUGGGGCAACAGUUCAUGCUGUAGUCCUAAGCAGACGAGGUGGUUUAAUGUCAGAGCUUACAAAGAGAAGGAUCAAGAUAAUUGAUGACAAGGCAGAACACAGCUUCAAAGCUGCCAUGAAAGCUGAUCUUGUCAUUGCUGGAUCAGCAGUCUGUGCACAGUGGAUAGAGCAGUAUCUUGCUUAUUUCAAUGCCGGCUCAAAUCAAAUUGCUUGGUGGAUCAUGGAGAAUCGCCGUGAGUACUUUGACCGGUCAAAAGUAUUGCUCAAUCGAGUUAAAAUGCUUGUAUUCCUUUCCGAAUUACAGUCUAAGCAGUGGCUUGACUGGUGUAAAGAGGGCAACAUUACAUUGACUACCCAAACAGCAUUGAUUCCCCUUUCUGUCAAUGAUGAAUUGGCCUUCGUAGCUGGCAUCCCCUGCUCACUUAAUACUCCUUUGACAAACCCAGAGAGAAUGUUACAGAAGCGUCAGAUGCUACGACAAGCUGUAAGGAAGGAGAUGGGAUUGGAAGAUCAUGAUAUGCUAGUCAUUUCUCUAGGCAGCAUAAAUUACCCCAAGGGUCAACUCCUUCUUGUUGAAUCAGCAUAUUUGGUUAUUGAAGAACAGCCUUCUCAAAGUGAAGUCAGAUCAAUGACUUCACCAGAGACGGAGAAAAAAACAUCCAAAUUGGCUAAGAAGUUUCAUUUAAGAGGUAUCACGUUGAAGCCGAACAGCACUAAUGGAACUUCCCAAAUCAGCAUAUCUGACAGCUUGUCUGGCACAGAUCCCACAAGAUCUGAAAUCACUCUGAAAACUGUUACUGAACAGAAACUCAAAAUUCUAAUCGGUUCAGUUGGAUCCAAGAGCAACAAGGUGGUUUAUGUGAAAGAAAUUCUUGAAUUGUCAUCAAAACAUUCAAAUUUGUCAAAGUCCAUCCUAUGGACUCCAACAACAACUCGUGUUGCCUCACUAUAUUCUGCAGCAGAUGUUUAUGUCACCAAUUCCCAGGGGCUUGGAGAGACAUUUGGAAGAGUGACAAUCGAGGCAAUGGCAUUUGGUCUGCCGGUACUUGGAACAGAUGCUGGUGGUACGAAAGAAAUAGUUGAGCAAAAUAUUACAGGCCUGCUCCAUCCCGUGGGACGUCCAGGGACUAAAGUACUAGCUGAAAAUCUCAGGUAUUUGUUGAAAAAUCCAUCAGUUAGGCAGCAAAUGGGAUUAAAAGGUAGGGAAAAGGUAGAGAGAAUGUACUUGAAGCGGCAUAUGUACAAGUUAUUCUUCGAGGUCUUGUUCAAGUGCAUGCGAAUCAAAUAGAAUUUUGAUAUUGAAUGAUUUUACCCAUUUAUUUUUUGAUCUGGUAACAGAGUUUUUACUGCUAGACUGCUAGUAUCAGAAAGCAUCAUGCUACUAAAUUGAAGAGUAUGGUAACAUUUCUUAGUCAGGGAAGAAAACUAGUCUUGUAUUCUUCAAAAGAUCUUCCUGAUAUAAUGCAUUAGAUGAUUUUAA